AUGGCCAAGCUAGUCAACGUGAAUCUUAAAGAAGGAUCCCAAGCAACAAACGAUAUCUCCAAUGAACCGCCGCUAACUUCUGAUCAAGAAAAAGAAGUCAUCAACGAAAACCUAUCUGUUGGCGUUAACAUUCGUGUAGUCAAGGCCAUGACUGCCACGGAUAGACCGGGUUCUUGCUCUGAGGUCAAAUUUUUAUGGCCUUAUUCGGUUAACCAUAACAAUUGUUGCAUCUAUAGAGUGCCAUGCGGGUUAAGGAGUGUGAACCCAGAGGCUUACACUCCUCAAAUGCUUCUCAUCGGUCCUCUUCACCAUUAUAAGAAAGCGCAAGCUGUUGAACUCUCCAAAACCGAUGUGAGAUAUAUGUACUAUAACAAGAUGGAGCUGCACAAGAAGAAGUACCUUGAGAAUAUUGCACUUACUUAUGGGAAACAAACGGUUGAGGAAUUCAGAAGCAUCAUCAAAAGAGAUGAGCAGUUCAUACGAGCAUGUUACGCAGAACCAACGGAUUCGAUCAACUCUAAUGACUUCGUCGAAAUGAUGCUUCACGACUCGGUGUUCAUUCUAGUGUUUUUCAUGCACAUUGGACCUAGAUACAUCGACAAAACAGGAGAUUUUCUUUUCGACGAGCCUUGCUACCAAUACACUAUCUUUGGUGACCUAAUAUUACUUGAAAACCAACUUCCAUAUACCCUUUUAGAAAGCCUCUUCGAACCCUUUUAUGCAAAGUUUGAGGGUAACAUAACGUUCCGUGACAUUAUCCUUCAAGGUUUUGGGAUCCAAGGAAAGGUCACAAGAGACAAGAGGUUCCUACAUUUCACGGAUUUGCGUCGGCUUGUCCUUGUCCAGACACUUGGUCUAACGGAAGAAGAGCAGAUUAACGCGAAACUUGUGAGAAAGGAGUCGAUAGCGAGACUUCGUAACGCAGAGAUGUUGAAUAGUGCAGGAGUUGAAUUUGAAUGUUCUGAAGAAGAGGCCUCGUUGAUGAUUAAAUUUGAACGUGGAAUCUUGACAAUGCCUUGCUUCAAGGCAGAAGAUGCAACUGAAAGGGUUUUUAGGAGCAUAAUGGCACUGGAGCAAUGUCAUUACCAUUACACAGCCUUUGUUUGUAACUACAUCGACUUCUUGGACUGUCUCAUUGACACUGAGAGUGACGUUGACUUGCUCGUCAACAAAGGGAUUAUAAAGAACUGGUUGGGACGUAGAGGACCAAUUGAAGAAAUGGUGAACAGGUUGUCUCUAGAGAUUGUUGAUGAGGGCUGUCACUAUUACGAUAUAUCUGAAAGACUCAACAACCACUACGAAAACAGUUUUAACAGAACCGUCGCCACUCUCCGGCGAGUCUACUUCAAAGACCUUUGGACUGGAACUGCCCACGUUGUCGCCUUCUUUCUACUCGUGUUAACGUUGAUUGGGACGGUGGCUUCUGUUCUUCAAGUGACGCAAAAAGACAAUAGUCCCCCUUGAUCCCAGAUUACUCCACCUUCGUUUCAAAAACCUUAAUUAGUUUUCUUAUACAAUAAUAAUUUUAAACUUUUUUCUUAACAUUUUGUUUCAUUGAUAAUUGUUAGAAAAAAUAAAAUAAAAAGUCUUUACGAAUGCUAACUACUUGCUAAAUAUUUCAAUACAAAAGUGACUGGUUUCAUUUGUUA